CUGAGCCUGGCAUUUUUGAAGUGCUUCAGAGAGAGUCUACUCUCAUUGUGAAGGAGGAGAAUGACAGCUGGAAGGAAGUGAAGCUUGAGACGCUAGAUGAAAAUUCUGUGGGUGAUUCGGGACUGGAGAAAAACACAGCUUGUGCACAGGCAACCAAAGCAUCAUUGCAGUCUGUGCAAAUGCUCAAAGCCAAUAGAUGGAUCACUUGGUCAAAGGGCCCAAACAGGGUACGGACAGAAAUGACCAUUGGAGACAGGGUAACAUAGUCAUCCGUCAGUGAAGCAGAUGGGACUCAGAGGUCAGUCAACCCUGGAACUUUAGGUGUGCUUCACUGUAAAAGUGUUCCACAGAAGAAAGAUAUACAGGUUUGGAGCGACAUAGAGGUGUAGGUGGAGAUGAAGUGGAGUAAAGUGUGAAAAGGGAUCUGGAAGGAGACAAAGAUGUUCACACACAGUGGAACAGCUGCAGUGCCCGUCACAAAACGAGAAGUGAAUCAGAGAGAAUCACUGCAGAAAUGCCACACAAGAUGACGGAUUGACGACCAGAUGAGUCUAUGGAUGCUCUCACAUCAACGAACACGAAAAAGCAGAGCGAUCACAACAUAAAUAGACAGAUUGCAGGAUGGAUGAAUUGAUAGAUCUUUUAGAGAAGGUCAAACUUCUGUGCGCACACUUUCAAACCAUCGGGAAAAGAAGAGAAAUUGAUUGCCGCUCACAAAAGGGUUGAAAUGACCAAGAAAUUAUUUUUCUGGGCAAUGAACAUUGUGAGUGAGUGAGAGAGAGAGAGAAAGGGGGAAAAAUGCCCAGCCUCUUUGUAUGAAUUGUCUCAAAAGUAACUAUAGUCAUCUUCAAGAUGUUGCCAGUGUUCUGGUCAAAUGGCCACUCUACCAGGUUUUGAGUUUCGGUACCUCAUCUGAAGUUUGGCCUCGAACGUAGCCUUCACAUUUCGCCGAAAGGAGAUGGUCAUGAUGUCAUCAUUUCACCUGUCAAGAGUCUGUCAAGGUUGCCUUGGAGACAACUGGCACUCGUGGAACCCUAGUGCCCCAUGGCACAGGCUUUCGAUUGUGGAUAUCACUGUUCCUCGAUUGAUGGACGCCUCCAAUCCACACUAUAUUACCCUGCUGGGGUGACAAAGAAGACAUCUAACACUCCCACCCCUUCCCACAGUGCAAAUAAAGACAUCUAGGGGAAAAAAAUGAAUGCUGCUUUAAUCAUAUGACGUCUGUGUGCACCAAGCCGUUCAAACGGCGCGCCACUAAUGGACUGCUGAUGAAUAGACAAAGGGAACAACCAUCCACAGUGAGCAGAACAAAUAGGCCUCCAGCACAAAUGGAGAUUCGCUGUUGUGGGCUGCAGAUGCUAUCCACGGGAACCCGGAAAUCCAAGUGUUAAGUCGAUGUGAAUGCGCAGCGGCAGCGCAUCAAUUAUACUGCUGCACGGAACAGCACAAUCUUUGCUCGCCGAAUUGGAUCAGAUAAAGCCCAGCGAUUCUCGGUCCAUCCUACAGCCAGCAGCCACGGUGCCGGCUCCGGCCCUUGGUUUCCGUCUUGAGGCGAGGCCACUUGGGAGUGCCGGUGUAGUGGAGGUAUGGACUGUAACUGUGUUAGUGACCUGCUGCUCACGCCACCCGUCCCAACCCUCUGGACACCAGGCAUCGCCUUCCCAGACUGGGCCUAUAAGCCAGAAUCAAGCCCAGGCUCCAGGCAGAUCCAGCUGUGGCACUUCAUCCUGGAGCUGCUGCAGAAGGAGGAAUACCAGGGGGUGAUUGCCUGGCAGGGAGACUAUGGUGAAUUUGUGAUCAAAGACCCAGAUGAGGUGGCAAGACUGUGGGGCAUUCGGAAGUGCAAACCGCACAUGAACUACGACAAGCUGAGCCGAGCGCUUAGGUACUACUACAACAAACGCAUUUUGCACAAAACUAAAGGCAAGCGCUUCACUUACAAGUUCAACUUCAGUAAGGUGGUUCUGGUGAAUUACCCACUGCUGGACAUGGCCAGCUCUCCGUUCCUGCUGGCCCAGAACCACUUCAAUGGAGGUGCCGCAACACCGGAUUGCAGCCCUGUCACACCCGAGGCCCUUCAGUCUUUAUUCCCUCGUUUGCCUGAAUCAGGUCGAGGGCCCUCUCUGUUUGAGCGCAGUGCAGGGGCCCCAGGGCCUGAUGGGGACAAGCUGAGACUAGACACUUUUCCUUUCCUCGGCUCAGGGGCUCCUUGUUACUCCAAACCUCCAUCCCUGUUGGGUCCUUACCCACGGAACCCCUCUUUUGACUACCCCUGGGGCUUCAAUCCCUACCUCCCAGGGGCCUUUUCUCUGAACAACUGUCCCAAAUUGCCCCCAGGCUCCUUCUACUCCUCACAUUUCUAUCCCAACCCGCUCCAAUCCAGCCUGUCUCAGCUGUCUCACCCCUUCUCUUCGCUCUUACCCCCCGGAGACACAACAGGGGCAGAACGUGGUCAAACGGGAGGAACGAACGGCUCUGCAGGCGGACAGCCUCCCAGACUCUGCAUCCCACCAUACCCAGGGAACUUGCCACUGGGUCGGACUGAGCUGGGGAACGGGGGUACGGGUGUGGGCGACCGGGAAAGAGGGGAGGCCAACACUGCCGUAACAGGUGGAGGUCUUGGUUUGGGGUUAGGCCUUGGAUUGGGUUUGGGUGGAGUCGGCGUGGGAAGCGGUGGAGGAGGCCGUCAAAGCCCUUCCGAGCGGAGGAAGGGUGUGAAGCAGGAUCCGGAGUCUGACUCUGAGCUGGAGAUCACUGACCUGAGCGACUGCAGCUCAGAGAACGAGAACGAGCCAGACUUCUCUCUGGGGAAGGAGCCAGGUUUGGGAGGUCGCUCACACCUUCUAGAGGCCAAAUCUAGGGGUCUUGGGGGAGUCCUACCCCCUCUUUCUUCACUGCCUCCACCUGUGUCUCCACAUCCCCUUAAAAGUCUGGGACCCCUGACUCCUCCACCAUCAUCCCUGCCUCCAUCCCUCUCUCCCUCCCUCACUAUGGUCAACAGGCACAGGGAAACAGAGACUCUUAAACUUGCUCACAGUUAAUAUGUUCUGUUGUGUGAUUUUUGAUGUCUUACAGGUUCUCUCUUUCUCUUUUUCUGUCUGUGUAUUCCUGCAUUUGUGAAAUGAUGCUGUAUAUUCCCAUUUCAUUUUUUUCUUCCUCUUUUCCGGAGUCCUCUGAAGCCAUUCUUCGCACAUGCUGUUCCAGUAUCAGAACUUUCAAUUUCUGCUUUCUUCAAUUUCUAAAUCGCACAGUGAGACUCUCAAUGCAAUUUGAGUUUUUGUUAUUCUGAGAGUAAAAGUGCAGCACAAAACAAAAAAGAAAAAAACUGCUUUCUGGAUUAGAAUGUUUAAAUAUCUAAAGAAAUUUCAUUCUCUCAUUUCUGUUAGGAAACAGUAACGAUGAGAUAUUUUAUAGCCAAGACAGCACAGUAAUGAAAUAUGCAUAUCUUUUAUCACCUACUUUUUUAAAUUGCACUGCAUUCUGGCCCUGCUGAGAUAGGCAGUACAUUUGUUCUGCUUGGUGUAUUUCACAGACUUUUCCAUAAAUUAAUGCUAAGCUCUGCAAUACAGUGCUCAGAUGAACAGCAUAACACAAACAAAAUGCAAUAAUGGCAACACUCAUAAUAAUCUUAAGGUGAUUCAGUUGUGCUGCAAUAAAGCACUUUUGUUUUUAGUUUUGUGCUGAUUUCAAGGAAUUCAGUCAUAUAUAUGGUCAAACAUUGCCAUCUUGUGGUUAUAUUUAUCUAAGCCCUUCAAAGUUUCUGAAGAGAAACUUUAUCUAUUUAUGUAUUAUUUAAGUUUUUUGUAUUUAUUUAUUUAUUUAAGUUCGCUUUCAAUUUUCAUGUCCAGUCCAUGUCUUUUUUUAAACAUUCAAAAAAAAAAUUAUGAGCCUGAGAAUGAGAGACAGAGUCAAUACUACUCAUGCCAGUGAAUAUUUAAAGUUUGUAUCUAUUUCAUUGUAUAUAUUUUAUUAUUGUGUACAUUAUGUUUAAUUACUAUUACUAUAUGGGAUAGUUGUAUUGGUGUCAUUUUACUCUGUACCUAACUGAAGAGUGAUAUAUGAGAUGGGAAAAUGGAUAUAUGUGUAGUGACCCAAAGUUGACAGAGAAAGGGCACUUGUUUUUCACAUGCUCAUAAGAAGGCGUUUAGACAGGGAAGUGUGCAAAACAGUUCUGCUGUUUCUAAUUGUGCCCUGUGGAAAUUUUCCCCAGAUACCUCCAAGUAGAUGACCCUUCUGGACUGAGUUACGCCGCUAGUCUCAUAUUUCAAUAAUUCAUUCACCCAGUGGUGAUGUACUAUAAUGAAUCAAGUGUGAAUAAUAUUAGUUGCAGCAUUUGCAAAUUUUUUAACCAGUGUUCAUUCUAAUGUUAUUAAGUUUGAUAUAUGAUCAUCCGAUUUGAAUGUAAAAACAAUAAAUGGGAGCAGAAUGACACAAUCUGAUUAAAAGAUUACCUUCAAAUACAAUUCAGACAAGUUGGUGCCCGUACUAGAGGAGAUUUCAGCUGUACAUAGGGCUUUGUGUAUUUGUGUGUACACACUGAAAAGAAAAAAAUACCAUUUACCUUACAGUAAAGCUUUUCUUUGUUUUAUUGUGAAAUUUAAAACAGAAAGGAUGACUAGAACAAAAAAUGAGCAAAGAGUAAUAUCUUCAAGAGCAAUAAACAAUAUUCUUGAGAUUCAGU